AUAUCUGCACUUUACUUUGUUCUGAAUUCCUUUCCUUCCACCUUUCCUUCCUCCUUUCUUCUCUGCUAUUAAUUUUUUUUUUUUUGCCUCUCUGUUUUCUUCUUCUUCGUGUGUGUGAGCUUUGUCAGAAGCUUCAACAAUGGCGGACAGUAUCCAUACACCUAUGGAUCAGCUUCCGGACCUUGAGUACUGCAUAGACUCAAAUCCUCCGUGGGUGGAAACUAUAAUACUAGGAUUUCAAAAUUACAUAUUGGUGCUGGGUACAAGUGUGAUGAUCCCUUCAGUGCUCGUUCCAGCUAUGGGAGGAAAUGAUGGUGACAAAGCAAGAGUAAUACAGACUUUACUCUGUGUAGCUGGCAUCAACACACUUCUCCAAUCACUUUUUGGAACCAGAUUGCCUGCUGUUGUUGGAGGAUCUUAUGCCUAUUUAAUUCCAAUUGGUUAUAUCAUCAGCGACUCCUCAUUGCAGCGAAUGAGUGAUCAUGAAAGAUUUAUCCAGUCAAUGCGAGCUAUACAAGGAGCUUUGAUUGUAGCCUCAAGUAUUCAGAUAAUCCUGGGAUACAGCCAAGUGUGGGGACUACUUUCAAAAUUUUUCAGUCCUCUUAACAUGGCACCUGUAGUUGGAUUGCUUGGAUUAGGAUUAUUUCAACGAGGAUUUCCUGCGUUGGGAAACUGUGUAGAAAUUGGUCUACCAAUGCUGUUGUUGGUGAUUGGAUUGUCUCAAUAUUUGAAGCAGGCGAGACCAUUUAGAGAUACCCCUAUAUUUGAACGAUUUCCAGUGUUGAUUUGCAUUGCAAUUAUUUGGAUAUAUGCUAUUAUAUUGACUGCAAGCGGGGCUUACCGGCAUAAACCUUCUAGAACACAGCAUCAUUGUCGUACAGACAAAGCAAAUCUGAUAUCUACAGCCCCAUGGUUCAUGUUCCCAUACCCUCUCCAAUGGGGUCCACCAACCUUCUCUGCUGGCCAUGCAUUUGCUACAAUGUCUGCAGUUAUUGUCUCAAUGGUUGAGUCAACCGCUGGAUACAAGGCAGCAUCUCGGUUGGCAAUCGCAACUCCACCUCCUGCUUAUGUUCUGAGUAGAGGCAUCGGUUGGCAGGGCAUCGGUGUCUUGCUCAGCGGACUUUAUGGAACAGGAACAGGUUCUACUGUUUCUGUAGAAAAUGUAGGGCUUCUUGGACUAACCCGAGUUGGAAGUCGAAGGGUUGUCCAGAUUUCUGCUGGUUUCAUGAUAUUCUUCUCUAUGCUAGGAAAGUUUGGAGCUGUUUUCGCAUCUAUACCAUUCCCGAUAUUCACUGCACUGUACUGCAUUCUCUUUGGCCUCGUAGCUUCAGUUGGAAUAUCAUUUCUUCAGUUCACAAACAUGAACUCCAUGAGGAACCUAAUCAUCACUGGGCUAUCAUUGUUCCUUGGAAUUUCUAUUCCUCAAUUUUUCAAUGAUUACUGGAAUCCUCCACAUCAUGGCCUUGUUCAUACUAAUGCUGGAUGGUUCAAUGCACUCAUGAACACCAUAUUCACGUCACCGGCAACGGUGGGUUUGAUCGUGGCAGUGUUCCUUGACAACACGCUCGAGGUUGACAGGUCGAAGAAAGAUCGAGGGAUGACAUGGUGGGCAAAGUUCAGAAAGUUCAAAGGAGAUAGCAGAAAUGAAGAAUUCUAUUCUUUGCCAUUCAAUCUCAACAGGUUCUUCCCACCUACUUGAUGUUGAUGAUGAGAAUGAGAAGAAGCUUAGAUUAGAUCAUCUUUUAUCAAGUUUGUGCACAUUCCAGAACUCAUGAUUAAUAUGACAAGUGAUAUUCUUUCUUCAUAAUCAUCCCUCAUUUUUUUUUUUUGGGUUGUUGACCAAAGUCAAGCUUGGGUCCCACUUAGGAUUAUAAAGCAUUUGGAUUCAUCCUCUCUCUGUAGAUUCAAUAAAGAGAACAUUUAUGCUUCUAGCUGUACCAUCUCAGAAACUGAAGUUAAUUUUCUUGUUUGUAAUUGUUAUAUUGGGUCACAUUCUUUUAUGGAACUUUCUUCAAAUGUAUCAAUGCAUGAAUGUAAAGAAUCCAAAAAUUCCUUAUAGAUUACCUAAAGUUUAUUUUAUUAGAUGAAUAAAAAGGGAUAAAGAAGAGGCAGA